GGUAAAAAGAAGUGUAAUGCAAACACAUACGGUGCUGUUACCGAUAUUACGGAGACGUUCCCAUUACAACCAGGGCAAACAGCCGAAGGUCUUGUCGUAGCCGUUGAGCGUAGUGUGCAACAAUUUCUGGAUCAAGGUGACGCCGCCAUCCGAUCUUGUCCAUUGGCGCAUGGAACUGCAUUGGAAACUUUAACUGAUGCACUUGUGGACGUGAGGGACACAGGUCAGUCUAUGUUCUAUGCUGGACGUGAUUUUGUUCGGGACAGUUCUUCAUCACAACGCAGAGCAUCUGCAGUUCAUGCUGGAAAGACACUGCUGCAGGUUAUUUACUUGGUUUCAGGUUUUCUAUUAUGGUUGCAAAAUAAAUAUCUUGAUGGCUCGAGUUUAUUUAGAAGACGUAUUGCGGAUCUUCGUGAUCCAAACCAAAGGGAUGAUCUCUUAGCUUGCAAUGGACUUGUAAAGUCAAUUUGCCCUCUCUUCUUUGCUGCAGCCAAGGCCUUUCUACGCCAUCCGGAAGACGACGAAUCUCAGCAGAAUCGUGAUUACGCUCAUAGUGAAGCACUUGCGGCUCUGAAUGCGAUGGAUCGUAUUUUGAGAGGUGAAAAAGUGGACAUGUCGUUUACAUCCCAGGGUCGAUUAGGACAACUGAUUAGUGAACUCGAUCAGUUCCAAAACCGAGUUUAUCUAGAACCCGGUACCUAUAAAUCACAUAUUCACCGUCCUGAAUUAGAGGAGCUCCUCGAACGGAUAGUUAGUGGUUCAGCAGCUAUUGCUGACUCAGGUAAUACUCGGUCAGAUCGCAAGCAGAAGAUAGUUAACGAAUGCAACAAUCUCCGUCAAGCUCUACAAGAUCUUCUUGGAGAAUACGAGAAAAGUUGUGCUAGAGACAACAACGACGAUGUAGACUUGGCAAUGGUUCUUGUUGGACGAAAAGCUAAAGAUUUGCGGAGGCAUUUGCGGCGUGCGGUUGUUGACCACGUUAGUGAUGCUUUCUUGGACUUGAGCACUCCCUUGCUAAUCCUAAUUGAUGCAAAAUAUUGCGCUUGUAAAGAAGAAGUUCUGCGGAUGAGGAUCCGUUUCGAAUUUUAUGUUGCUCACUUAGUCUGUGAAAUGUCAUCUGACGUCGAAGGUGUCCGUAUUAUUCGGUUCACGGCAAAUCAGCUGAGGAACUUAGCACCCCAGUUAUGUAGUAAUAGCAGUUCAUUAUCUAAUAUUGAAAUUUUUGUGUUUCAGACACGUUUACUGACCAUGGCAAUUGAUUCUAUUAUGACACUAGAUGAUUUCCUCGCUGUGAGUGAGGCUCACAUUGUUGAGGAUGCUAUGACAGGGGACGGCGAUAUGCUUGAUCGAGCAUCAGGUGCCAUUCGUGGGAGGUCACUGCGUGUGUGUUCAGCAGUAGACGCUGAAAUAGAUGCAUUGCUCCCAAGCACUUAUACGGAAAGAGUGAAAUUGGCAACACGGAAGCUACGAGAUGAAAUUCAUACGUGUAUGACUAUUGUGCAGGCAACAUUAAAGAACCCAAUCAUGACCUUCAAGAUCCAUUAUGAUAACAGGGAUCGCGACUCGGAUGAAUUCAUCAACGCCUGCACGUUAGUUCACGAUGCGGUGAAGGAAAUACGCAAUGCGCUUCUAGUUAAUCGCCAUCCGGAAGACGUUGAUUCGGACAAUGAGUACGAAGAUGAUGGGCAAACAAAUGUUUACGACAAUGCCAGUCGGGCAUCAGAAGGCGAGAACCAACAAAGAAUUAUGAGACGCUUGCCCGAAGAGGAGAAGAAAAAGAUUCAGGAGCAGAUUGACGUGUUUAAAAUCACGCAGACGAAGUUUGAAAGAGAAGUCGCCAAGUGGGAUGAAAGUGGGAAUGACAUCAUUGUGCUUGCGAAGCAUAUGUGCAUGAUCAUGACGGAUAUGACCGACUUUACGAGGGGUCAUGGUCCAUUGAAAACAACAAUGGAUGUUAUUCGCGCCGCCCAAGAAAUAUCUGUGGAUGGUUCAAAGCUAAAUGCGUUGGCUAAGCAAAUCGGCGAUGAAAGUGUUGACUCGAAUACAAAAGCCGAUUUGUUCGCAUACCUAUCACGAAUCACAUUAUACUGUCAACAACUUAACAUCUGCAGCAAGGUAAAAGCCGACGUACAACAGAUCGGAAAUGAUGUCGUAGUGUCUGGUUUAGAAUCAGCCAUGUCUUUGAUUCAGACAGCAAGAAACUUACUCGGUGCUGUAGUUUUGACUGUCAAAGCAGCAUAUAUAGCCAGUACUAAAUUUCGUCGUCAUAAUUCGAAAGCACCGUACGUGCAAUGGCGCAUGGCGCCACCAAUGAAACAGCCGUUGGUUCCAGUGCAGAAGAAACACGGUGUGAUCCGGCGAGCAAGCGAACGGCGUCCUAUGGCGCCAGCUCGUGCUCUUGCCGAGUUCGUGCAGUGA